CAAUGGCAUUAAAAAAAAUUUCUCUCGAUGUGUCGAACAGUUGCUUAUUCAUCGAAGCAUCAAAAGAGAGAAAGCAAAAUCAAAGUACUUUUAUUAUUAAUUGCGAUCUGAUAUAAAGUAACGCCGAGAUUUAAUUUUGAGAAACUAUAACACUAAUUGUUUUAAUUAACUGUGGAUUUUAAUUUGAUCUUAGUGUGCGGAUAUGUUUUGACUUGAUGUUAAAAAGUAAAAGUUGUUAUCGAUAAAGUAAUUUAUCAAAAUUAUCUUAAAUAUUAAGGAAGUGUUUUAUUCUUUUAUAAGAAACGUAAACAGGUAAAAUGAAUUUAAAAAGUGGGGUAAUGAAGAUAUUGGUCAGCGGUAGGUUCAGGGACGAAGUCAGUCGAGUAAAAGCUGUCUUGUAAUAAAAAGUUAUUAUUUAGUAGGCAAGUGAUCGUUGAGACUGCUUGUACCGAUCAACUAUCUAAGCAAUUUUACAUAUUACACUUUUCUUUUCUUGCAAAAUCGUGCAAUUAACAUUGCAAGUGCUUAUUUUAUACGAAUUAAAAAUGGGUAUGGGAGGCGAGGUUGAUUACAAAUGUGGUCUCAGUGAGGAUGUGCAGACAAUUGCAUUUGAGGAACUGCGUGAAAAUGAGAACAUUAGAGAACAAGCGUUGGAACAAUUAAAAGCUUGGAUAUUGAAACAUCCUUCGAUAAAACGUUGCCGCACUGACCCUGUAUUUUUGUUGCGUUUUUUGAGAACAAAAAAAUUUAGUGUUCCCAUGGCACAAGAAAUGUUGGAACGAUAUUUAACAAUCAGACAAUUGUAUCCUGACUGGUUUCAAAAUUUGGAUAUUAAUGAUCCAGAUAUCGAAGCUAUUAUUGACAGCGGAUAUCUUGUUCCAUUGUUAGAAAAAGAUGAGCAUGGAAGACAAGUUAUUUUGUCUUGUGCCGGUCGUUUUGAUCCAUAUAAAUAUACGUCUGCACAAAUGGCCCGAGCCCAUAGUCUAGUUGUUGAGUCUCUACUAGAUGAUGAGGAGAAUCAAGUACGUGGUUACACUCACGUGAAUGAUGAGUCUGGGCUAACCAUGGGCCACGUGAGCGCAUGGUCAUUAACGGACAUACGGAACAUGCUCAGAUGCAUACAAAACAGCACACCGAUGCGACAUAAGGAAACGCAUUUUAUAAAUAUACCUAAUUGUGCAACUAAAGUUCUGGAAUUUGCUCUGUCACUUUUGAGUGAUAAGUUGAGAGCGAGAAUUAUGGUUCACAAAAGUCUAGAUGAUUUAAAAGAAGCAGUAAAUCCUAAAAUAUUACCUAAAGAAUACGGUGGUAUUGUACCACUUGCUGAUAUGAUAGCUGCUUUCAAGGAUAAGUUGCGUAAAAAACGUACCGAGCUGAAGGCCCUUGAUGAUAUGUAUAUUGAGAUAUCUCCAAAAGACUCGUGUUCUUCUUCUUCUGAAGGUCUCUGUGGUAUUUCCGGUUCUUUUCGUAAACUUGAAGUUGAUUAAAAUAUUUAAUUAAUUCAUUAAUAUAUUAAAAUUAUUAUUAUUACUAUUCAUUUAUCAUUGAUAAGUUUUUUAAUUAAAGGAUUGUUGUGUUUUCUUUUUUAAUUAUUAUUAUAAUAAUUUUUUAAUCUUUUAAUUUUGUAAUGAUUCUAUAUAUAAAUAUAUUUGUAAUUUAUAAUUAAUAACAAUUUGAACAAAAGUUACAAACUGUUGCGUUGGUGGUGUCAGUUACCGAAAUGACGAUAAUAAAUAAAUUAAAUCAU